UCUGGCAGAGAGCGAGGUUGUUGUCAAGAGGAAAUGGAAUGCGGCUCUAGCUGGGCUGUAACUCCCUCUCUGUGUGUCCCGUAGCCUCUUCUUCAACAUCAGCCUUCUUCACACUCUACAUCCCGUCUACAGCCGGGACUCCUGGCUCUGCUCCACUCCCCGCAGAGGAUCGUUGACUCGAUAUGCGAACAGCAACACGGCUGACUCCGUGAACGACUGACGAUGGCUUCGGUGCGGAUGGUUUGUAAAGUUAUGGCGAGACUUUCGGGAAGUGUUCAGCCUCGUCACUGCGGUCCGUCGGUAUGUGCUCGAACCGUCACAUUUCUCCAGCAGCCUUGAAAAGUGUGCAGAAGUCGUUCUACAGAUCAUCAUCCCAUCACUAACGCAGGCCUCAUUGAAUUACUCCCCCUGGUGAAGCUGCUCACUCAGGCUGUGCUGUUAAAGGGACCGUGCAUAUGGCCGAACACGAGGAAAGAGAUAUUAGGGACACACUUCAUGAAGAAGAUAACAAGGAAGUAACGAUUCAGAUAUAUCUAUCUACUGUAAAAGCAUUUUUGAACACAUUAUUAUUGAACAUCAAAUGAAGGUGUUUACUGUUUGUAUUGCUGAGCAUUUAUUCAGUGUAUCUUAGGGAGGAGAGUAUGCAGUACUGUGAGGCUAAUGUGAGGUUUUUUCCUCCCCUGUCUGUCCCCUGGAAAAAUAAUUUUCCAGAUGAAUAAUGAUACAUUUAGUUUGUGUUUUAGACAGCAGUCAAUCAUCAUCUGUCGUAAUUGUAUGAUUGACAUCUAAUUAUAGCUCCUCAGUUUGGGCAAUUUGGAUUUUUCGGACCAAGUCAGGUGGAAAUUUACUCACAGGAUAUAGUCAUAACAUUAUAACCACCUGUCUAACACUUUCAGACCCACAGAAUGUAUACUUAUACUUAUACUUUAUAACAUGAUAACUUUAUUUUACAGUCAGCAUUGACAACUUCAGCAAUUUGCGCUGAGCUUGUGGAUUUUAGCUUGUCUGUUGGGUUGGACCACACUGACUGGUCCCAGGCUUACUGCUGCUCCUUUCUUGGACCACUUUUAAUAGAUCCUGACAACUGUCCACCUUCAUUCAUCUCCUUUAAAUGCGUUUACCACAGUCAUUUCCAUUCUUAUAGCAAAAUCAACAACCGUUUUCCCUUCUGCACCAAGCAGCACCCCCUCAUCACUACUGUGAACUUAACCAACAUUACUGAUACUACUGGCAGUUCUGUACCUCGGGGAAAUAUAACAUACAGAGAAACCUUCACUGUGAUGUAUCACCAUCAUGAAGGGGUUGUAGAGUUGCUUUGGUUGCCUGUGCACGUUGAAUUGAGUGUAGGAAGAUUGAAGACUGUUGGAGGCAGUUCAGGGAAAAGCUGUUUUAAAGUGCACUUGAAAAUAAUAAAAUGCAUACAUUCAGUGCAGACUGUAGCCAUGAUUUUCAGCAGCAACUAGCCAGUUGGCACAAAUGUUCAGUUUUGCAUGGUACAAAUACUGUGAGGUACUUGAAAACAUGAGCACUAUUUCUUUCUUUCAAAAUAUGUUUUUCUCCUGUAUGAUUUACCACGGUGCCUGGUUGGCUAAUGGAAAUCUAAUAUUUUUUACCUCUACAAACUAUAAGGACAAUAUAAACAUGAUACAUUUUUUAAAGGCUGUGCCAGUGUCUGGUGUGUGUGUGCACAGUUUAAUUGUCUUGUGAAGAUAGUGUAUAGAUGUGUAACUGAGCAUUUCAUCUGUUGCACACAGAUGAAAUGUGCACACAUGCAGUGUCCUGCUCUAACCCCCCGCCCUUGUAUUAGGAUUAUACACUAAGUACACAUCUCUACACUGAGUGAGUUUCACUUUUGUAUAUAGAAGAAAACAAAACAAUACAGUUUGACUGCAAGUGGUCAUGACUUGAAUGACUAAAAUGCAUGAGAUUCACAAAGUACAUCAGUUCUGUAGUCAUGUUGUACCAGAUAUAACUGCUGUACCACACUGAAAAUUUAUUAAAUACUUUCCAUCUGAAUUUUCAAGAAACCUGUCCUACAGUGCAUGUAUAUUGUAAUUACAAAUACUUGGUCGUGCUGCUGCACAGGUUACUGCGGUGAUAGAAGUGUGAGAUUCAUUUAGAUGAUGACUCUGUUGGGUUUCGUCAAGACUUUUAAAUUGUUUCCACUUUUUCAGCACUCCUUUGGGUGAAGUGUGUGAAGUCCAUUAUCACCAAGGGCUUGUGUGAGUGGCUCUAUAAGAGGACAAUAAACCAGAAUUAUCUGAACCCUCUCUCAGUCUUUUAGUGUCCUCUGUGCUGUAGGUUUUAAGGUCAAAGACGCAGCUGUUAGAUUGACACACUAAGUUUGUUUGUUGUCUUCCUUUGCCUCUUUGGGAACUGCUGACACAAGACACAAGAGAUGCACCAAAGACCAGCCUCAAUCAUCUUGGAGAGGUGGCCUCCAUAUGGAAACUGCCCAGCGCUUUUCUACAGUACACACCUGCCCCCAAGUGAUGUUAACUUAAAGUACAAAUAUGACCGCUUGGUCCUGGAAGUACCGCUGCCAUCCAGGAAUGAAAAGUGCGUCUUCUUCCUCAGACCCAUGUUGAUGACUGUUGGAGACCUGCUCACAGACCUGCAGAAGGAGGACCCUGGAGUCUCUACCUCCGUUCUCACAAAGGAUGGAGAGCGUGUGGCCAGCACCACGCUCAUCGAUGCUCUGCUGGAUAAGAACUUCAAGCUUGUCAUCAAUGACACUGCUUAUGACAUCCAACCACCUAAAAGAGAGUGUGUGUCCAGUGAGCACAUCAUAGAGCUGGAGGACAUGAAACAUGUGGUGCACCUGCUGCACACGGCACUCCACAUGCCUGAACAUCACCUGCUGAAAGAGCGGGAGCUGCUGGAAAAACUGGACACCCUCAAACAGCAACUUUCACCACUAGAGAAGAUGAAGGCACAGCUUUCCCAUACAGCAGAGUUCCAGACUUCCAACGUCGUCUGGACUGGUUUGGCCCUUUUAUCAGUGCAGGGCGGUGCACUUGCCUGGCUCACAUGGUGGGUCUAUUCAUGGGACGUAAUGGAGCCUGUAACAUACUUCAUCACCUACGCUACCAGCAUGGGAGCCUUUGCCUAUUAUGUCCUUACAAAACAAGACUAUGUCUAUCCAGAAGCUAAAGAUAGACAGUUCCUGCGCUACUUUUAUAAGGGGGCCAUCAAGAAAAACUUUAAUGUGACACAAUACAACCAACUGAAGGAUGAACUGGCUCAGGUGGAGGAAGACCUCAGACGUCUGAAAUAUCCAACCCAAAUGCAGCUGCCACUUGAACAGAUCCAGGCAAAGCCAUGAAGAAGUCAAGCGGCCCAGAUGUAGUUCUCACACUUCUAAACAAACGAGCAAAAAACAAGUAAAGUUCAACUUUAUUUUGAUAACAGCCCGUGUUUUUUUAAACCGCAAAUCUGUGUCGUUCAGUGUUUUGUUUACAACCUUGAUAUCAACGCCAAUCAAAUCUAAUUACACUGUGGACUGUUAAAAUAAAAAAAAUUCAGAGGAC